AUGUUCACUCGAACCGCGGGACACCUUGCUGCUAACUCCCCUCUCACUAAGACAAUAACCCGCCUCUACCCACCGCGAGGGGAUCUCAGGCAAGAAUUCGCCGCUUUCGGGUUUCCGAAAACGUCUCCAGUACUCACCCGCUCGCAAGCGCGUGAGGCUGCUAGUCGCAGCACCGGCGAAAACCUCGACAGCUCCUCUCGAACUCUCUCUCCGACAAUUCCCGGUAACUUCGACCGCGACGAAGAAGACGAGAUAGACCAAGAACUUCAGGACGACUUCGACGAAGAACCGAUCCCUUCGACCUCUGAAGAACGCACUUCGUCCCCCGAGCUUCUAGGCCUCACUACUACCGACUACACCACCUCGUCUCCUGAUCUUUUCGACCAAUCCGGUUCUUCGCCCGAACCCGAGGAUCCCAUCCCAUCUACUUCGAAUCUCGUACUUCCAACUCUGUCUUCUUUUCGCACCCACGCCCAGCCGUCCCUCGCAUCCUCUUCGCGACUUUCAGUCGUACCUACGUCCGACCUGGCACCUCCGCCAGUAUCGGCACCUUCGAACGCAGCUUCGAACUCCAACCUCGCACCGCCCGCACCUACGAAUCCUUCGACUACUACCGCGUCCUCUUCGAGCCCAGCUCCUACUAACACUACGAACAUGAGUCAGAACACGAACACACCGUUGAUACCCCCGCGUGGUCAUUCGACGGCACCGAGCUUCGACCCGUCGGAAGUCCGUUCGCUUCGGCGUUACUUCCAGGACCUCGAGGCGUUGUUCGCCCGGUGUCAGAUUACCGACGACGCGGCCAAGAAACAGUGGGCCAUUCGGUACCCUUCGAUUGAUGUCGCCGACUUAUGGGAAACCAUCGAGUCCUUCAUCGACGUAAACAAGAGCUACAACGAAUGA